AUGUUCCUUUUGGAGGAGCGCCUUUUGGAGGUAGAGUGCUGGGGUUUCCUUCAAACUGCUGAACUAGGAGCGGAAAGGACACUCCCUUUCGAAGCCGGCUUUGAGAAGUUGAGUUUGGUUUACAUGGGCGGAGGACCCAGCCGGGGGAGCUCCGACGAGAGUGCUUCUUCCUUGGAGGACCCAUCAAGCGACAGCGUCCUGGUUGUGAGAAUGAACCGGCAAGGGAGAGACGGCUUGUACCAUAACCAGGGAUACAACUACGGCUACAGAGGGGGAGCUGCUUAUCCAAAUGUCUCCUCCAGGAGAACCAGCUAG